CACGACUUCUUUUGCCGGGAACCCAGCAGCCGUUACCCGAGCCAAGCCGCCUUGCAGCCCGCAGCAGCCGGCCAAGCCUCGCCGCUCUUACAGUUUCGCAUUUUGAGAAUCAAUCAGUACGAUGGAUUGUCAUGUUUACAUCUACAUCACCUUCAAGAGCAAUCAAUAGAAGCUUGUCGUACGCCAGGAAGUCAAGAUGGCAGCCGCAUUCUGUAUUCUGGAGAAGGACAUCACAAACCUCAAGGCGCAAUGGCAAUGCACAGUCUGCCCGCCAUCGUUGCAACCAGCAGGACUGUCACAAAUGUCUAGCAGUAUGCAACAGCAACUUCAUUCGAUUAUAUCCUUGGGAGGGACGACUAUGGAUACAGAUUUGCAAAAGAUAAAGUUGAAGCCCACUCCGUCUUCACUAAAGUUGAAGCCCACUUCCACUACAAUCACAACUACAACUACAACCACAACGACGCCAACUCCAAGUACAGCAGCUUCUAGAAGCAGAACAGUUGAUGAGGACACGGAUCAUGAAGAACGGUCAGACGAUUCCAUAAUAUGUCCAAGCAUCCCAGAGGAGCGCACGUGGACCUUGCUGCUUGGAGAUCAAGAGGCUUUUGACGCUGCGUCGAGAGGACAACAGAUUGCAGUUUUUGAACAUCAACAUCAGGAUCAGGUAAAUGGACUUGGAGUUGGACGGGAGCACGACCAGGAUUCAUCUUUGCGGUUUUUGUCAGUCACUUGGUGUAUGCAUUUGGAGGCUAGGAGAAGCAGCAAGGUUUCGAAUGCUUCAUCUACAACAGCAGGUUCCUCCGCAGACGAGCAGGAUGAACAGGGCAACAAGAACAACUCACACUCGACAAGGCAAACGACUACAACAUCAGCAUCAAGGACAUCAACGUCGACUACAAAAUCGAACAAAUUCUAUUCGAUGAUGAGGAAACUAUUUUUUAGUACCAGUUUGAUGAAGAUAUGUGGCACUAGUCAAGAAGAACAUCUUGUUCAAUGUUCUCAACAGCAAGUCGAGAAAAGACCUUGUGAGCCGCCAGCCGCAGUUCAUCAGCUCAGUAUGUCUGAAGUGCCUAAGAGCGACGACCCCGAAAAAACGCUUCUGCCGACGACGCUGGCCUGCAUGAGAUCCAGUGUGAUCAAUUAUGAUGUGAGUUUAUCGUCAACAAAUUAAGUAAGUAUAUUGAAUGUUAUAACUAAGUACGAGGCAGGUUAUUUUUGACGCUGCUACUAGUUGCAGUUGUAAGAACAAAAGAAAUCCAAAUCAACAUACUCUCGACUCGACCUACAGACCACCUAAGACACACCUCUUCUAGUACAACAUGCUCGAAUAUGAUCUGAUGUUGCAAGUGCAACAUCUAACACGACUUAAACUUACAACAAGGAUCAUGGACUUUCAAUCACCUCUCUUUCUCUAACUCCCAACCCGACAUAAUACACCUACUUAAGUACAACAAGAUAUUCAAUCACCUCUACUCAUCUUUCUCUAACUUUCACCCUUAUUGGAAUCACCUCUUUUUCUAACUCCCACACCUCUCUUUCUGUAACUCCCACACCUCUCUUUUUCUAACUCCCACACCUCUCUUUUUCUAACUCCCACCGCGCGUGAAGAAUCCGAGUCCGCACACCGUCGUUCUCAUCUCCUCCGCGACGAUUGAACUAGCGGCAACUGUUGCACUCGCUUGGCUAGUCCAGGAAGAGAGGUAUGCUUUAAGGGAUGCCUACUCUACUCUAUCCACGAGAAGUGGCGUGUCGGACUUAGCGACGUAUCGCAACGUCCUUCGUAUAUUGGAGAAGAGGACGUUGGGGAUUGAGUCGAUUGAUGGGGGUGAGGAGGCAUGGGAGUCUACUUGAGAAGAAUAGGAAGAUACUCAACAAGAUUGAUGUUUUCAGUCGCGGAUGACUGUUUCAAAAGAGGCUUUUGCUGUUACAGGUAGAAGUUUUAAUUUGGAAACGAAAACAAAAGGCUUUUGCUGUUACAGGUAGAAGUUUUAAUUUGGAAACGAAAACGAAAGGCUUUUGCUGUUUUUACAGGUAGAAGUUUUGAUUUGGAAACAAAAACGAAAGGCUUUUGCUGUUUUUACAGGUAGAAGUUUUGAUGAAAUUUCUAACAGCUAGUGGUAUUCUGAUUCUCCUCGAAAACAUAAGGGCGAAGGAAGACGCAUGAAUCGACAUUCUUUCUACUAGAAAAAUGAAGUCAACAUGUGUAUUUUUGCAGCAGUACAUUCAUCACCUACCACGUAACAUUUUCAAAGUACUACUUGGCAUUUGUAAGAGGAAGAAGAAGAAUAGCAUCGCAAUUUGAACGACGUAGCUGAUUCGGGUUGAGAAAAACAUUUGGGUUUUUUGCCAGAGUAAUGUUAAUGUUUGCCGGAUAUUGCGAC